UGAGGAAACGUAUGGGAUUUACAAUAGAACAGAUUGGCAUUCUUGUCGACUAUUAUGAAAAGAAGCCCUAUCCUACCCUAAGAGAAAGGGAAGAACUGGCAGCAAGGCUCAAUGUUGAUAAGUUGAGGCUAUGGGUUUGGUUUCGAAAUAGAAGAUACAGAAAAAAGCAAAAGCAGCCAUUACUGGCUUUCACUUGCUCAAGAAAACAGAUAGAAUGGGAAAAUCCAUCCCAAAGUGAGAUUCUAGAAGAGAAUGAGCUAUCACCACCAGAUACAUCCAGGUCUCCAUCUCAGCCAGAUGAGCUUGGCCUUCAGCUUCAUAACCUCCCGAGGCCAGUGUCCCAGGGAAGCUCCAGUCGAUGUGCAUCUUCCUGGGCCCUGCAGGGAACCCAAAGGCCAGAGAACCAUGGCACGCACACCUCCUUUUAUGGAGGAGUGAAGCCACCAUUUCCUUGUCAGCAGCAAGGAUGGACAACAGGACAGUUGUCCUCCCACUAUCACCCACUACCUUUUCAAUGUGCACAGGAGCCCCCAAGUCAGCUGCAUCAGCCAUACCCCCAACAACCACACACCCAGCAGCCACCAGCCCUGUUGCCCUUGGUGCCCCAGACUCCCACCUUCCAGGUACAGCAGCUGACCUCAUCUUUGCAUCAGUCACCACAGGAGCAUCAAAUUCAGACACGGUCACCCCCAUUGAUGAGGGAGGAAGAGCAGCCAGAUGAAUUGUUGCCUUCUUCUGAGCAGCAAGAACUGCAGCUCAUCAAUCUAUAUGAGAGAGCUGUUGGGAUUGGGCCUACAAUGCUUCUCCCUGAGGGACAUCUGGCUGCCCACCCAGGAGAUCUGGAUACUAUCUUGAGAGAUCUGGAUGACAUUCUGAAAGGUCCAACUUUCCCUCAGGGACACAUGACUGCUGAGACACUAGAUGCCAUGUACAAGCAGAUCAAUGACUUAUUGGCUGUGUUUAAUGAUUAAUUCUUGAGAAAUAUGAGGAAUUUUGUAUCCUGUGGUGUGACCUAGCACUAUCACAGUACCUGUGACUUUAUAAGUCAUCCUG